AUGAACAGCACGGAGCUGCCAGCAGUGAAAACGGCCAUCUACCAAGAUCUCGUCGCUCUCUACCCUGACCAGUCAUUCACUGUGCUGUGCGUGGAUGGAGCAGUUAGCUAUCAGGCCGACUCCGACAGGUACUGCGUCGAAGGUACCAUGGACCACAACUGUUAUGUGUUCAUGAUAUGA